AUGCCAACUGAUAUAACAAAUACAUCUGAUGAAUUAUUUGAAAUAUUUGUAAAUGCUCAAACAUUUAAAACAAUACUUCAUUCAUUUGAUGAUUUAUGUCAAUCAAUUCGUAUUGAUAGAAAAAUAAUUGGUUAUGGAAAACGAUCAUUAUAUAAAGUUUUAACAAGUAAAUUAACAUCAUGGAAAUCAAAAAGUCUUUGGACUAAAAUAGAUAAACGUGGUUCACAAAAAGAAUAUGAAAAUGGAAAUGCUUGUGCUGAUAUGAAGGUAUGUAUUGUGGGUGCUGGUCCUGUUGGCCUUCGUUUAGCAAUUGAAUGUGCAUUAUUAGGUGCACGAUGUAUAGUUGUUGAAAAACGAGACAGAUUUUCUCGUCACAAUGUUCUUCAUUUAUGGCCUUAUAUAAUUACUGAUUUAAGAAAUUUAGGUGCUAAAGUUUUCUAUGGUAAAUUUGCUACAGGACAAAUUGAACAUAUAAGUAUUCGACAAUUACAGUGUAUUCUAUUAAAAAUUGCACUUGUACUUGGUGUUGAAAUCUAUCCAAAUGUUACAUUUAUUGAUGUUAUUGAACCAAUAUCAACUCAACAAGCAUGGCGAGCUCAUUUUAAACCUGAAGCUCAUCCAAUAGUAUCAACAUAUGAAUUUAGUGUUUUAAUUGGUGCUGAUGGUCGUCGUAAUUCAUUACAAGGUUUUCAACAUAAAGAAUUUCGUGGUAAAUUAGCUAUUGGUAUAACAUGUAAUUUUAUCAAUCAUCAUACUCGUGAAGAACAAAAUUUUGAAGAAAUUAGUGGUGUAGCAAAAAUUUAUAAUCCACAAUUUUUUAGUGAACUUCAACAACAAACAUCAAUUGAUCUUGAAAAUAUUGUUUAUUAUAAAAAUGAUACACAUUAUUUUGUUAUGACAGCUAAAAAACAAUCAUUACUUGAUAAAGGUGUUAUACUUCAAGAUUAUCCUGAUGCUGCUAGAUUAUUAGCAAGAGAUAAUGUUAAUUCUACACAAUUAUGUAAAUUUGCUUGUGAAGCUGCACAAUUUGCAACAAAAUGUUCAACACAAUUCGCAUUUGAAUUUGCCGAAGAUCAUCAUGGUGCAGCCGAUGUACAAAUGUUUGAUUUUACAUCAUUAUUUCAUGCUGUUAAUGCUUCACGUAUUAUUGAACGUAAUGGUAAACAAAUUUUAAUGUUACUUGUUGGUGAUAGUUUACUUGAAAGUUUUUGGCCAACUGGUUCUGGUAUUGGUCUUGGAUUUUUUGGUUUAUUUGAUACAGCAUGGUCUAUAUUAAAAUUUGCUAAACAUGAACAUCCACUUAAAGUUCUUGUUGAACGUGAAAGUAUAUAUAUGUUAUUAUCCCAAAGUACACCUGAAAAUACGAAAAAUAAUCAUCAGUUAUAUUCAAUAAAUCCAGCAACACGAUAUCAAAAUUCAAAUUCCAAAAGCUGUACAAUUGAUGAAAUUCGAUAUUUAUAUGAUUCCGAUAGUAUACCAACAAUUGAUAUGAAUAAUAAUCAUGUAAUAUCAAAUAAAUCUAAUCGAACACCUACUCGACGUACACAAAGUUUUAAACAAGCUCCCUCACCAUUAUCAUUAUCAUCAUCAUCAUCAGAUGGAAACAAUCAACAAGAAACUGUAUUUGAAUGGUGUGAAGAAAUUGUUAAUUCUUAUAAUAUUAAUAUCAAAAAUAACUCAAAAUCAUUUCAAAAUUGUCUUGCAUUUUGUGCUAUUGUACAUUAUUAUCGACCUGAUUUAAUUAAUUUCAAAUCACUUCAACCUGAUCGUCCAAUUAGUAAUUUUCAAAUUUUAUUCGAUAUAAUGCAUAAUCAAUUGUCAUUACCACUUGAUCGUAAAUUACAAAAUAGUCUUAUUUUAUCAAUGAAAAGUUCAAUUGAAGAACGUAUACGUCAAUCAUCAAUUGUUAUUCUUCAAUUAUUAUAUACACAUUUUCAUCAUGAUCAUCAUGAACAACAAUUAAAACAACGUCGAUCAAGUACUCCAUCACUUGAAAUUUCAUCACCAACAUUACAAAAAUCAAAAAAACCAAUAGACAAUACCAAUAAUAUAAAUACAAAUACAACUAAUAAUAAUAAUAAUAAUAAUAAUUCAACAGUUAAAGUCAGCGCUCUUGUUGCUCAUUAUUCAAAUGGUGAUACAUCAUCAUCAGCUAAUAAUUAUAAUUUAAUUAAUUUACAAUCCGAACGUGCACCAACAUUUUGUUUUUAUUGUAAAGAAAAAGUUUCAAUACAAGAUUGGUUUGUUGUUGAAAAAAAUGUUUUACAUGUAAAAUGUUUUAAAUGUGAUACGUGUCAUUUACAAUUACGAAAAACAAAUUAUCAAGUAUUGAUUGAACCACAUACAGGCAAAAUAUCAUUUCAUUGUCGAUAUCACAAUUUAAAUAAACAACAAAAAGUAAAACACAAAACAAAACAAAAAAUAUAG